AAGAGUCUCGCUUGCGUUGUUCCGGCAACACAAAAACGACAUAGCCUAGCAAAACACAAUCGCAUUUGGACCACAUGAUUUCGUGGGAAAAGGUUCAUUCAGCAAAACAGAUGUAAUGUAAGUUAAGUACAUGAAAGCUAGCGAGAUUUCUCCAUUAACACACACAAAAUAGUACAAAAGACAGCUAAUAUAACACUAUUUGCCUCAUUGUUACAGUGGAAUUUAUUAUUUAUUUUAUCUUUUCAGUGAUUAAAAGAUGCAUUGUGCGGUGGUUCGUUGGUAACGGUUUUAAUUUGAACGUUCAUAACGGAAACCCAAACAAGUAAGGUUAGCUCGCUUGACGCUAGUCCGCUAACUUCAGUUAUGGUCAGCCAACCGAAGCAUGGGGUACUUUGACUCUCUUCGUUUUUUUACUCGCUAACGUUAAAUAAUGAGAAUGUCGUGUCGAGUGUUGUGACAUGGUCGAUAUUUACUGUUUUAUUUAAUUUAAUUUUAAAACGGAAACGCCAGCCUGUACGUAACACAGCGAACUCUUCUCUGUAGUACGUUAUCCCUCACCUCCCCGACCAGCGUCGACCACUGCUAGCUAUUAUGUGAUUAUGAAUAACUGCCGUCGAGGGAAGUUAUAAUUGACAUUAUCAUAUCUGAAUGGCUACAAUAGCAGCUUCUCUGUCUUCAUUUAACGCCCGCAUGCUGUUAUUUCGCCAGCCAUUUGAGCUGCGCGUCGGGAGGAACCUCUAUAUUUUGUUGGCGGAAACAACCGAACCCACGACGCUGUAGUUGACGUCCGAAAAGAUGUCUUUCUUCAAUUUUCGGAAGAUAUUCAAGUUUGGGCCUGAUAAGAAGAAGAAGCAGUAUGAACAUGUGCAUAGAGACGUUAACCCAGAGGAAUUUUGGGAGAUCAUUGGGGAGCUGGGAGAUGGAGCGUUUGGGAAAGUGUUCAAGGCCCAGAACAAGCAGAAUGGGACCCUCGCUGCUGCAAAGGUUAUUGACACAAAGACAGAGGAUGAACUGGAGGAUUACAUGGUAGAGAUUGACAUCCUGGCCUCCUGCAACCACCACCACAUCGUUAAACUGCUGGAUGCCUUCUAUUUUGAAGGCAAACUUUGGAUUCUGAUUGAGUUCUGUGCGGGUGGUGCAGUGGAUGCCAUCAUGUUGGAGCUGGAGAGGCCCCUGACAGAGCCCCAGAUCCGUGUGGUGUGCAAGCAGACCUUGGAGGCCUUGUCAUACCUCCAUGAGAACAAGGUCAUCCACAGAGACUUGAAAGCCGGGAACAUCCUACUCUCCUUGGAUGGAGAUGUGAAACUGGCUGACUUUGGGGUGUCUGCUAAAAAUACCAAGACAUUACAGAGAAGAGAUUCUUUCAUUGGCACUCCAUAUUGGAUGGCCCCAGAGGUGGUAAUGUGCGAAACAUCCAAGGACCGUCCAUACGACUAUAAGGCUGACAUCUGGUCCCUCGGGGUAACCCUGAUAGAGCUGGCGCAGAUCGAGCCACCCAACCACGAGAUGAAUCCCAUGAGAGUGCUGCUGAAAAUAGCCAAGUCCGAGCCGCCCACGCUCAUGCAUCCCUCUCGCUGGUCACCAGAAUUCAGCGACUUUCUGCGGAAAGCACUGGAUAAGAAUGUGGACAGUAGGUGGGACACACAGCAGCUUCUACAGCAUCCUUUUGUCACCAGUGUAACUGAUAGCAAGCCUCUCAGAGAGAUCAUAGCCGAGGCCAAAGCUGAGGUCACAGAGGAGAUCGAGGAUAGCAAGGAGGAGGAGGAGGAGGAAGAGCCCGAUACGCCUGUGGCGGUUCCUGGGCACAAGCGAGCGGCAUCUGAUGCCAGCGUGGCCAGCUCAGAGGAUGACAGAGUCCCACCAACUCCCUCCAUGCUGGAAUCUGUUACAGAAAAAACGGAGGCUGAGCCCGCUGAGGACCGAACCAGUGAUAAGCUCUCUGACGAAGGACUUGGAACAAGUGAAGUAGACAAGACUGAGGAGGAGAAACUCAAUGAGGUGUCUGAUGCCAGUAAUGAAGACCUGGCCUCUGGGCUAAUAGAGCCUACCAAGGACAUUAUCUCACAAGAACAUACAGAGCCUAAACUAGAUGAUGGCCAAGCUGAAAAGAUUCCUGCUCAGCCUGUAGUAUCACAGCUAGAAGAACCGAUAGAAUUUGUCACAGAUGGUCAAGAAACACAGGAAGAACUGAAGGAGACACAAGAGUACGAACCUACCCAAGUAAUAGAAGAAGAAAGAGAACCCGAGAAGGUGAAAGAAGAGGAAGAAAAAGAAGCAGAGACAGAAGAAGCCAGAGAAUCACAAGGGCAACCUGAAGAUAUACCAGAAGAACCCGAAUCCCUAUCAGGACAGGUGGCUGAGGGAGGAGAAGAAAGCAAAGAAGCAGAUGAGGAGAUACUUCAACAUAAAGCAACAGAGGACAGAAUAGAAGACACAGCUAAUGGCACAGAUGUAAAUAUUAACACAGAGAAUAUAGAAUCAAAUGUAAUUGAUACAAACAUAAAUGGAGACGCAGACACAAAUUCGAGUGUGGAGGAGUCCUCCGCUGAGGUUUUGUUUGAGAAGGAAGCCAUAGAAAGUCGGGCAGAUGACAAGCCUGAGAAUGAGGCCCCCGAGCAGCCAGAGCAGCCUGAACAAGACAGUCACCCCAGAGAGGAGGUUGGACUGGAGGAUUGGGCUCCAGCUGAAUCCACAAAUGGAGUCAGUGAAGAAGCCAAAGACACCUCUGAGGAUUCAGAACAAGUGGUCCCAUGUAAAGAUGUCACUGCGAAGGAAGAUGAGGAGAAGGCCGCUCCUGCAGAUGAGAGCACUUUCCAAGAUGCUGUCUCUGUCCCGGAGAGUGAAACGGAUUCCGAAAGCAAGCUCGAGCAUGGAAGCCCUGCUGUGAUCAAGCCAGAUGUGGAGAAGGACUCUGACUCUGGAAGCAGCUCUGCUGCUGAUAGCAACAGCCUUGACCUUAAUCUGUCCAUCUCCAGCUUCCUCUCCAAGAGCAAAGAAGGGGGCUCUGUGUCUAUGCAGGAGUCAAAACGUCAGAAGAAGACUCUGAAGAAGACACGUAAGUUCAUGGUGGAUGGUGUGGAGGUCAGCGUGACAACAUCAAAGAUAGUUACAGAUAACGACACCAAGAGCGAAGAGAUGAGGUUCCUGAGGCGGCAGGAGUUGAGAGAGCUGCGCCUCCUGCAGAAAGAGGAGCAAAGGGCCCAGCAGCAGCUGAGCAACAAGCUGCAGCAGCAGAGAGAGCAGAUCUACCGGCGCUUUGAACAGGAAACUGCUGCUAAGAAGCGUCAGUAUGACCAAGAAGUGGAGAAUCUUGAGAAGAAGCAGAAGCAGACCAUUGAGCGACUGGAACAGGAUCACACCAGCCGGCUCCGUGAUGAAGCCAAACGCAUCAAAGCGGAUCAAGACAAGGAGCUCUCCAAGUUCCAAAACAUGCUGAAGAACCGGAAGAAAGAGGCAGUGGCCCAGGUUAUGAUACAGUCUUUUCAGUUGUCCUCAUGCGCACUCUUCAACGCUCAGAUGCAGGAUGAGCAGGAGUUCCUACAGAAGCAGCAGCAAGAGCUGGACGGAGCUCUAAAGAAAAUCAUCCAGCAGCAUAAACUAGAGAUCGCCACUAUUGAGAGAGACUGCCUCAACCACAAGCAGCAGCUGAUGCGAGCUCGAGAAGCAGCCAUGUGGGAGUUGGAGGAGCGCCACCUGCAGGAGAAGCACCAGCAGCUGAAGCAGCAGCUGAAGGACCAGUACUUCUUGCAGAGGCACCAGCUGCUGAAGAGGCAUGAGAAAGAGAUGGAGCAGAUGCAGCGCUACAAUCAGCGGUUGAUAGAGGAGAUGAAGAACAAGCAGACUCAAGAGAGGGUCCGUUUGCCCAAGAUUCAACGCAGCGACGCCAAGACCCGCAUGGCCAUGUUCAAGAAGAGCAUACGCAUCACCGCCACUGCAUCCGUCACGCCAGAGCAGGAGAGAGAGAGGAUAAAACAGUUUGCUUCUCAGGAAGAAAAGAGGCAGAAGAACGAGAGGCUCCAUCAACACCAGAAACACGAGAACCAGAUGAGGGAUCUGCAGCUGCAGUGCGACUCAAACAUCAGAGAGCUGCAGCAGCUACAGAAUGAGAAAUGCCACCUUCUGAUUGAACAUGAAACCCAAAAGCUGAAGGAGCUGGAUGAGGAGCACAGCCAAGAGAUAAAGGAGUGGAGAGAGAAGCUGAGACCCAGGAAAAAGGCUUUAGAGGAGGAGUUCACACGGAAGCUGCAGGAGCAGGAGGUCUUCUUCAAGAUGAGCGGUGAAUCUGAAUGCCUUAACCCCACCACCCAGAGUCGAGUAUCAAAAUUCUACCCCAUCCCAAACCUGAACAACUCUGGUUUAUAGCCUCAUGUCUGUCUGUGCUACAAAACAGACUCCUACCGAACUGCGCUCACUGACUCGCCCUUGCGGAGCGACAUCAUCUCUCCGACCGUUACUGAUAAACAUGAAAAAUGUCUUCACUGCUUUGAUUCCACCAUUGGUGAGCAUGACAUGCCUACACACUGAUCCCUCACUUAAUCAAUUUUUCUCAGCUUCUUGGGAAACUUCCAGUGGAUAAUAUGCACUUUUUGGAGCAUGUUGGAAUUUGAAAAGUUAGCUAAGGCCAAUCAUGCUUAUGAGUGAGCACAGCCUGCUACAGUACGAAUGAUCUCUAGUGCCUCAUUUGUUCUUUUUUUCUGCAUUUAGGCCCUUCCCCUGUGUUUUCUCAGCUUGCGGUAAAUACACCACCCCCCUGAAUGUCUUGCACUUAAACAACUGGUUAGCAUUUCCACCUCUUAACAAGAUGUUGAGAGAUUGUUUUAAUCAUUUCACGCAAGGUGGUGAUUCAGCCGACACUGAGAUUUGUUUUCCUGCAUGUGAGGUCGAACUGGUUCAUAGGAGAUCAACUGAUGAGUCUGUGGACUCAAAAAGAAAAAGUCUGUCGUUGUAAGACUUUGUUACGUCUGUGUAGUCCUACAUGUCAUCACGGGAAUCAAAAACAGCUCCGUUUUGGGAUCAUAAAGGCUGUCGAGUUCAAAUUUAAAGGAAUGUACUGUGCUGUAAAUGACGCGCUGAGUGAAAUGUUACGUGUGUGCACCUACAUAUGAAGUUUAAUCAGAUACUGUGCUUAACCAUGAAGAUUUUACAGUCUUGCGAGAUGAAUAAACAAAAAUAUAUCUAUUGCUUUAGCACAUUAUUUCAUGUCAGUGCUGUGCUCCCAAACACACAUUCCCCCUGUUCAGUUUAACUCUGAGAAUGACGAAAUACUUUUUUCUUUCUUCUAAUCUUUUUAAUGUAGAAAAUAAAUCACUACCUUCUGGGAGUAAUUUCGAGAGUUGUUCUCACAAAGGAAUGCUUUGUUGUGACAUAUACAAACACAUGAAUACUGAAGGAAUGUAAAGCUGUUGAUUUGCACUGUUUUGCCACUUGAACUAAAGAAAAAAUAUGCAGUAAUAUAAAUUGUCAAUGUAUGCUUGACAGUGAGUCACCUUUGUCUCACCCAAGUCUAUUCAAACUCCAAACUGACUGAAUUAUUUCAACAUUUUUACUCACAAUUUUGCCUUUUUUUAGUUUAAAAAAAAACAAAUGCCCUUGAGUAUUUUAUGGCCACAUCUAGUUUUCUAAACAUGUAUUCCUGAUAUAUUGAUGCUGUAAUCGCUCUUUUUGUUGAGCUUUUGCUCUUGCUGAGUCCAGUAUUGUACGAAAGGUAAAAUGCCGUAUCUGUAAGCGUUUGAGUUUCAACGUGUGAGACGUCCUUCGCUGUAUUUUAUGAGCAAAGUAAUGGUGGUUCACAAAAAGAGACCUUCUUUAAGAUAACGAUACCUGAUUAUUACUUUGCCACUGCGAUGCAUGUUAUAAUUUUUGUACGCUGACAUUAACGUUGACUUGUCAUGAAUGCUGGAUUUUUAUUGGGGUCAUUGGAGACUGUGUCAGAUUGUGAAUUACACCAUACCAUAUAUUUCAAAUACUUUUUUAUUUUGUUAAGUUACAGCAUUUUAAUGUGUCAUUCUACCACAGUGAAUAUUCUUAGUAUAUUUGAUGUCAGAUCAAAUGUAUUUCAAGUGUCUAUAUGGACAUUUUUUGUUGUAAAUAAAACACUGACUGUUUAUUUGA